UUGACCAGCAUCCUCCUCUCACCUACAGCGAGUAGGGGGUCCAGCUCCACCCCCAGAACAGAACCAGCCCUGAUCAGUGUGUCAAGGAUCAUGCAACAUCAAAUAUUAUCAAUGCAUUUGCACUAUGGAAAUUAAUUAUUAUUAGAGUUCUCUCGUUAUUAGCUGUCUCUGCUCGUUAGACAUAUACAAGAGCAUGCUGGACUGCUCACAUACAGAUACAUGUCAGCGAUCGUAUCUAAGUAUUAGUGAAUGUGCUCAAAUAUGUAAAGAGUUUGUUGAUUUACAAAUAUUAUCUAUUUGUUAAACCUUAAGUUGUGUAAUAACUUAAUCAUUACAUUAAGUGGCUGAUAUUAAUAUGCAUUAUUUAAAGUAACGGAUAGCAAAUGUUUGAUGAGCUCUGACAGUUGCGUCACCGGCCUCAUCGGGUAAAACGUUCGGACGAACCGUCUUAACGGUUCGGGAAUCUGAGAACGGAAGGAAAUCUAUGCGAGUUGUACAAACCAAAGCAUGGAUCCACUGCCUCUUUGUAUCAACCCCAACCAUUUCCCUGCCAAACUGUGGCGCCUGAUCAACAACCCGGACAUCGACUCCAUCUUCUGGGACCGCUUCGGCGAACUCAUCGUCAUUGAUAAACACCUGUUCCAGGAGGAGAUCCUUUCUCCGGGCGCCGCCGGCUUAGACUGCUUCAAAACCACCAACUUCUCCAGCUUCAUCCGCCAGCUCAAUCUGUACGGCUUCAAGAAAAUCAGGAACGUGGAGGACCACCACUACUACCAGUACUUUGUUAACCCGAACUUCAAGCGGGACCAACCAGAACUUGUCGCGAAACUGUGGAGACUCACCGUCGAAAACAAGGCCAAGGUCCAAGCUGGUCUCAGCCUGGAACGUCCGGGCCCGAGUGGAGCAGGUGGAGGCGCUGAAGGAGGUCCGGAUGCGAGGAGCAGCCCAGUCCCAGUCCGGUUCAUGCAAAGCGAUCAAGGAGCAGAACUUUGUCCUUUCCUUCCUGCACUCAAAGUUAUUCCAGCAUUGAUAAAUGAACUCUCACCUGAAGCGACCUCAACUGAGAAGAAGUUACUGGCAGAUAAAGGAAACCCGUAUUUGCUCAGUUUUAAUCCUUACAAUGCACAAUAUCCCCCCAACUUCUAUUAUCCAGUUUCCCCCUGCUUCCAUCCAAAUCUUGUGACAGGAAGUGAGCAUCAGACGUGGCUGUUCUCUCCUCAGACUUAUUACCAGAAACUUCCCUCUGAGAGCUGUAACCUCUGAGAAACCGUCCAACACCCGCUGUACCACACUGCAGGAGCCCUGCCGGCACCACCCAAGCCAAGUCUGUGUAUCACAGCCAUGGGAAAAGACGAUGUACUCACAGAUGAGUGUGUGAUAUCAGUACCAGAGCAGCCGCCUGAAAAUGCCAUGUUUUAGCUGAGCAGGUUUACUGAGAGCUUUCAGCUUUAUCUUUUGUGAAGGCAAGACGGUUUGGUGUCUAAGGUCGAGUCUGUGAUGCGUAGUCUUAUAUUUUAUACUCAUGAAGGCUAAUGACAGUCACAUAACUGCCAUGUUUACAACAGCUGCACAAAGAGUACAGCAGAUCCUUAGGUGAGACUUUAUUUAAUAUUCAGGUAGCGCAUUCAAAGGAAUUUAAAAAUUAGAUGUACACUUUACCAAGUCAACAAGUUUAGUUUAAGUUAAGUUUAUUGAUUUCACACGUGACACACUACAGGGUGUGAUCUUUGGUUUAUUCUUUAUAUUUUAGCCGCUUCAAAAUGAAUCCUCUUGACAUUAUUUUUCAUUUAAAUGAUUCUUGUUGUGAUCUAAAUCUUAUUUUAAACCAUUUUACAUCCAUGUUGUUAAAUGUUAAUUUUUGGAAGCUUUAAUUUAUUUAUUAGUAUUCAAAAUGUAUUAAUUUCUUUAUUAUAUUGUCUAAAUGUUUUGUUAUUUGUAUCAUACUGUACUAUACUUGACAUUUAUUUCAAAGCAAGAUUUAAUAUUUGUAUUUUUUAAUUUCAAAUAGAUGUCAUUUAUUCUUAUAAAAAUACUUGACCUUUGCACACUGUAAUUUUCAUUCAACACAGAAUAUUACAUUUAAAUAUUUAGGAAAAUAUAUUUAUUGAAUUACUCAUUGACUGUUUGCUUUAUAAUGAGUGCUUGUAAUUUUUCUUUUAAUGUCUAUUCUACUAAUAAUCUAUUAAUUAUUUUAAUGUGCAAGCCUACCUGAACUCUUUCUCCUCACUCACUUUUCAUUAAAGAUAAUAAAUCGUUUUCAUUUAUAGUACUGUA